CGCCAGGGCCUCUGUAAGGCUGGGCGUGCUGGAAGAGGAGCAAGCGGAGGCCUCUGCCCCUCCAGGUGUGGCCUCCCAUGGACACCAAGACACAGAGCCUUCCCAUCACCCACACCCAGCCCCAUAGCAGCUCUCGGCCCCAGAGCCACACCUGCAACCCGUGCACCUGCGGCCACCACUGCCAGAGCUGCAGCCAGAGCUGCAGCCGCGGCCAGGGUUGCGCCACCGGCCACUGCAGCCAGAGUCCAAGCCCCAACCCACCGAGGCCCCACAAACACACCAUGCACUCCCGCCACUGCCCCACGCGGCCCACCACCCACUCCUGCAGCUACUCCAAGAGCAGGAAGAACUUGAAAAGAAAGGCAGACAAGAGGAAGACGGUCAAGAGGAGCCAGCGGGUUUACAAGACAGAGAGGUGGAGCUCAGGGCGGAAACACAACUGAGACGGCACCCCACGGCUUGUUCCUGUGUUGGUUUCACCCAAAUGAGAAAUGCCAUCACGCGAGGACUGCUAGACAGAAGUCAAACUUUCUGCAGGAACAUGUUAACUACAGUGAUUUCUACGUAACAUUGAUUAAAGCUGGUACACUGGA